GUUCAGAAAUAGUAGGGCAAAUACCACUUCCAAGAUGAUGGGUGAUGACUUCAAAGUGCCGAUGUUACCAAAUCGGAUGGCGGUGGUGCAAAGUGGUACGGAUAAAAAGAGUGAGCAACAAAGGACUUCGAAACUGCAGGCUCCCAUUAUGUUGUUAACGGGUCACGAAGAAGAGAUUUUUGCUGCCCGUUUCAGUACAGAUGGGACAUGUCUUGCAAGUGCUGGAUUCGAUCAAAAGAUUUUCCUUUGGAAUGUUUAUGGAGAGUGUGAGAAUUUUUCAAUGUUGCGUGGUCAUACCGGCGCUGUCAUGGAUGUACAUUUCAACACGGAUUCAAGUUUGUUGGUCUCUGCUGCCACUGAUAAGACGGUCCGGGUAUGGGACAUGGAAACGGGAGCAUGCAGGCGAAAAUUCAAAUCUCACGUUGACAUCGUGAACGCUUGCCAUCCUUCAAGGCGCGGUGUUCAACUUGUUUGCUCUGCUGGUGAUGACGGCUUGGUGAAGGUGCAUGAUGUGCGGAUAAAAGAUGCUGUGAAAACGUACGAGAAUAGGUUCCAGCAGUUAGCAGUCACCUUCAAUGACACAUCUGACGAGAUCUUUGCGGGUAGCAUCGACAGUGAUGUCUACUGCUGGGAUAUGCGACGUGACGACAUCUCUUAUGUACUGCAGGGACACAAAGACAUAAUCACUGGUCUGGCACUUAGCCCGAAUGGCAACUAUCUCCUGUCCAACAGCAUGGACUGCUCCGCGAAAAUGUGGGAUAUUCGACCUUUUGCUCCACAAGAACGAUGUUUGAAAUCAUUCUAUGGCCAUCAGCAUAACUUUGAGAAGAAUUUGUUGAAAUGUGGGUGGUCCGGCGAUGGAAAACGGAUAACGGCAGGAUCUAGCGACCGAUUUGUCUAUGUAUGGGAUGUAUCUUCCAGACAUAUACUCUACAAACUUCCUGGACAUCUCGGCUCUGUUAAUGCGACGGAUUUACAUCCUACGGAACCAAUACUGUUAUCAGCUGGGAGUGACAAGCGGAUUUUCCUGGGUGAACUUGCAUCGUAUGGGCGAAAUAGUGCGCCAUCGACCUACGAAGAAUAUCUUUUGAGACAUCACGAUCUUGAAAAAGAGGGAGAUGCAUUGCUUUUUUGGAGUAAUAGGCCAACUGUCGUAAUAGGUCGGCAUCAAAACCCAUGGGUUGAAGCGAAUAUUCCCUUUUUGCGAGAAUAUGGAAUUGAUCUAGCUAGAAGGCACAGCGGUGGAGGUGCUGUGUAUCACGAUCAAGGGAAUUUGAACAUAUCGUUCCUUACUACGCAAAAAGCACAUCAUAGGAAGAAGAACCUAGAGCUGUUAUCGAAGGCAUUGAACAGUCGCUUUGCAGUGAAUGUUGUUCCUACCCCACGUGAUGAUAUGGAACUGCAGCCGGGUUGCAGAAAAUGUUCUGGCACGGCUGCCAGGAUAACAAAGGGAAGAGCAUACCAUCACCUUACAUUACUUGUUCAAGCCGAUCUAAUGGUGUUAUCGACUUCUCUGCGAUCACCUUAUAAGGAUUUCAUUAAAACUAAUGCUAGCAGCAGUGUUCGAGCCCCAGCUGUCGGUUUUCUUAAGCAAGAUGAUGCAUCCGCCGAGGUCUCUACAGCACGAGAAACUAUAAUUAAGCAUUUCUCGGAUCAGUUUGAGAGAUGUACCAUUGAUGAAGUUGACGUCGACAAUGAGGUGGAAAUCAAUGAGCAAGUGGCCAAAAACUUCGCUGAUCUCAAAGACUGGAAUUGGAUCUACGGAAAAUCUCCCAAGUUUUGGUACGAGAACGACGAUAGGAAACAAUAUGUUGAAGCUGGUAUCAUAAAAGAGUGCUCACUAGGUCUUGUAGGACAA